AUGAACAAGGAGGAGGAGCAGAACGGCGGCGACUUCGCGCCGAGCGAAGAGGCGGAGGAAGUGUUGCUAAGCGCAGUCGCCUUUUUCAGCCCCGAGGGGGGUGGGCUGCAGGAAGGAGUUCUCAGCAGCAUCCGGGCUGACGAAAACGCAGUGAAGCUUCUGAACGAGUUUACGCAAAGCGAAGAGGACUGUCUAUUUGUAUUUAACGAAAAGGACACCAUAAAAUUUUACGCAUCCAUCCUAGACUUACAGAAAAAGAAAAAAAAUGAAAAAUAUUUAAUCAUUUACAAAACGACACAAUGUAAGAAGCCACUCUUCCUCGAAAUGAACAAUGAUGCAGAAAAUGUAACGAGGAAAUUUUUGGAAAUUUUUUUUUCCAAUUUUAUGAACAAAAAUGACGAAAUCAAUUCUUCCUCUCUGUUGAAGGAAAUGAAAAAGAAGUUUAACAAUUUUUUGCUCAACUUGAGGAUUAUCUAUGGAGAAUUACAGGAGAAAUUGACUUUGCCACUCUUGCCAUCUGGAGAGAAGGAGGAAGAGGAGGACGACAUCAAUCACGUGGAAGAGUACCUAAUACACUUCAUCAAAUGCUACCACGUAAUUUUACGAAAUUUUGUAAACUACAAGAAGAAUAAGUACGAAAGUUGCCAAGAUUUUCUGAGUUGUUUGAAACAUAAAAAUGAAGAUAUCAACUUUUUGUAUGGCGAAAUAGAGAAGGAGAAAUUCAAGCAGAUUGUACACACCAUUUUGGAAAGGAAGAAAAACUCCAGCUACAAGAAUAUUAUCGAAAACAUUAGGAGAGAAAUUGUGGAUCUCAAACUGGAAGUCUUCGAUUUAUAUACACAUCUGAAGCCGGUUAUUCACUUUUUGCAAAAAUUGGAAAGUAGCAGAGAAGAAAUUGAGAAUAAAAAUGUGUUCGUCGCUCCGAUUGUGCAUGCUUUGUCUUUGUCACUGGACCGGUCGGAGUAUUUAAUUAAGAACUGCAAGUUUGUGUUUGAUUUUCUUUCCAGGGUGCUUAUAAAUUCUUGCAAGAGAAAUAUGAACACGCCAGAAAUUAUCAACUCCAUUUACAACUGUGUAGACGUACUGAAGAGCAAGUUGUAUGGAACUUUGAAUUUUCUUCUGAACUUUUUGUACCUGUUCAGGAUGUACCGAGAGAAAAAUGCCAAGCUCCGUUCCUUGAGUGAAUCCUGCGGGAGAAGCACUCCAGCGAGGGAUGCACAGAAUGACGAAACUGAGCAGGAGUGUGCCUACUUUCCGUCCAUUAGUCUCUACAUCUACAAACUAAGACUCCUAAUCGAAUACCUAAAAAUUUACCAAACGUACAUGAAGUUGGAAAAAAUAGAAAUUCCCGGUGAGAAGGGGAAGAAGCUAACGGACGAGGUACACACCAUUUUACGCGAAUUCAACUCUAUCAAUGAGACCUUCCUAGACAUUAAUCACGAAAUCAUGAAUGAAGAAGAAACUAUUUUUAUAAACAAGUAUAACCAAUUUGAGGACAAGGUGAAGGAAUUGAACAAGCGACUCAUCUGCGUUUUUGUUCACUCCUUUGACAAGGACUUGAAGAAGAACAUCAAACUGCUAAAUUCUUUUUUAAUUUUGCGGGACUUGCGAGUCAUCGAGGUAGAGCUCGUUCGUCACGCCUCUCUGCUCUGCGAAGAUUUGAAGAGGGAGUUUAUUUUGGUAGACAACUUGUUCAUCAAGAAUAUGACCAUCGUGGCGCAUAAUAGGAGCCUUUUCCUGGAGCAGGCCCCGGGUAAGACAGGGUCCAUCGGCAAUGUUAUGGGUGAUGGUGCAAAUGCAGCUGAAGUUGGGGUUGAUGUUGGUAGUGGAAGCACUACUCGCACGGCGGAAGUGCCGAAGGAGCAGCUGAGCCACCUGCAUAUCGACCAGAACGCGCCCCUGUUCUGCGAAGUGGUAAAUCUUUUCACGUCUCUGCUGAAGCGAAUCGAACAGCAGUAUUUCCCGUUGCGCAAAAUUGUGAAGGUGCUCAAUUUUAAGGAUGAAAAGACGGAAGAAAUGAACGCGCUAUAUCGAAGCAUUAGUGCAAAGAUCAGCCAAUACAUAGGGAACGUGAGCAAGGAAUGGCUGACAGAAACUAUAGACGUGGUGAACACCUUUUUGAACGAACCUAUAUUUAAGCAAAAGGGAGAGUUAUUCUACGUAAAUUUCCAUCCGCAUAUUUUCCUCUUCAUAAGCAACGUAAAAAAUCUUUACCUGAACAAUCUGACCGUGAAUGAGGAAUGUCUCAAAAUAUACAACAGCACGAACCGAUUUAAGGAGUUCAUCCAUACGCUGAAUAGCAUUACGAAAAAGUACAACGACAUUGUGAGUAAAACAUUGGGUGUACAGAAGGAUCUCUUUCAUGAGAAACUAGGCAGUGUGAAAAACACGCUACUGAGAGGGGUGACUGAUCUCAGGUGGACGCAGGAAGAAAUUUUCGAGUACAUAAAAAUGGUAGACAGAGACAUGACGGAAAUAUUCAGUAACAUCUCCUCUGUGCAUAGCAACUUGAUUUCUGUCCUAAGUGUUACGAAAAGUUGGACGAGAAAAACAAUCCUAGAGAGGAGGAAGAAGCAUGAAGAUAUUUACAACUACCUGAACAGCUAUAAGAACAACAUGGCAUUGCUGAAGGGGAAACUACUAGACGAUUUUAAGAGCAUUCACAUGAGCAUGAAGCAGUCCUUUGAUCUUCUAAAGAUGAAGAAGAAUAACCCCAUGUGGAAAAAUUACGUAAAGUUCGUAAACAGUAUAGUUACAGAUAGGGUCAUCGAGUUGGUUAAUUAUUUGUUUUCAAAUUUGAAGAAUAUCAUGAGAAAUUCGGAAAGAGAAAAUGAACCACUAUUCACCAUCAAGAUAAACUUUGUGGAUCAUAAACUGAAUCUGGACUUAAAGUUAAGAUGCAAGAAGACAAACAGCAUAACAAGUAUCUUCUACAAAUGGGUGGACGACUUUAUGAAUCUCUGUUCAGGUAUUAAAAGGAUUGAUACAAAGAGUGGAGACUACGUGAAUGAAAUUCUCCUCAGCUUAAAAAUUAAUAGGAACAAGAAUUGGAUUGAGAAAUAUUUCCAGGCCACCAUUGAUAAGUGUUAUGCAUACUUAGAAAGUCUAAAAAAGUAUGAACACAUUUGCAAGAAGGACAUCAAGAAAGAGUUCCUCCAGUUUAAGGUUCAAAAUGAAGUAUCCCUAUUUCCUAGCUACUUUGAAUUCAACAAUAACUUCCGAGACACAUUAAAAUUGAUAAACAUUAACGUUACUCACUUGUUUCCAAACGUGUUGGCUUAUAAGAAUCUUAUUUUGUCUUUGAAGAACGAGUUGAGUAGCUUCCACCACUUGCGUAGUUAUGAAGUCAUCAACUUUGUGGCAUUUCACUCAGACAAUUUUGUGGAGAAGUUGAUAAGCUUUUCGCAGAAGGAAAUUUCCAUGUAUAGUGAAUAUCUACAGAUGUUUGUGCGGGAUGUGAUUUACGCCGUGAGCGCCUUUUACGAGGGUGUUCUGGGCAACUUGAGGGACUCGGGUGUGAGCGAGUUCUUCGACCCAGGCAAGAAGGGGGCAUCGCGCGGAAGCGGGAUGGCACAGUUGAGCGGUGUAGAAACUUCUGCAGAUGUGUUGUCUGAGUUGGGUGGGGGGGUGGUUUAUGAAGACAGUUUGUCGGUGUCCAUGGACUGUAUUACACCCAGCGCCGCGCCCAAUGCCGCGCCCAAUGCCGUGACCAAUGCCGUGACGAAUGCCAUGACCAGCGAAACCCCCCUGGCGAAGAGCAAGAAGGAUGCCUUCUACAACCUGAUGAGAAAUUUGCGCAGUGUGAAGCUGAGCAGGAAAAUAAUCCCCCUGAUUUUCCAGAAAACAAGAGAAAUAAUGGAGACCCUGAGAGAUCUGGGCAUAAUAGUAAAGCACAACGAAGUGUUGGAGGAAAUCGAGCGGAACAAGGAGCGAGUAGAGAUACAGUACAACGAAAUAAAGGAGAAAAUUAUUAAGUAUAAAAACGAGGAAAUUAAAAACAUCAAAGUGGAAAUCAAGCUAUUUAAGGAUGAGUUGAAGAAACUAAAAAGUGACAUCUUGCAAAACAUGCCUAAUGCACCUAAGGACAUGCAGGGUAACCCUUAUGAAAAAAUUAAUGAGUACAGGAAAAGUUACCAAGUGUAUAGAGACAAGCAAAAAUAUCACAACGAGUUGGAGAUUCUGUUUGAGCUUGACAUCACAGUGUUUGACGAGCUGAGCGAAUUGGACAACAAGUUGAAGGAGCUGAAAAAUCUGUGGGACGUUAUUAACAGCAUUGUGUUUUUCAUGGAGGAGGAAAAGAAAAAGCUUUGGACAGACAUCGACGUGAAUGGAAAUAUAUAUCUAAUAGAUUUUGUUUCACAGUACUUGAGAAAGAACUUGUCCGAGCUGAAGAGCCUGCCAGUGUAUGAACACAUCAUGAAGGAACUGAAGAAGUUUUCUUCCAUUCUUCCGCUUCUAGUAGAUUUGAAUAACGACUGCAUUUUCGAUCGUCACUGGAAUAUUAUCAUGAACUUGUCGGUGAGCGUAGAGGAUGCUCACGUGGUGGAUAAUGGUAACGUUGCGGAGAGUGAUAACAUGGUGGAGAGCGCUCCGAAGAAACACCUGCAGAUAAAGUACAAGGAGCUGACGCUGCAGGGAUUCUUUGACCUGAAGUUGUACAAACACGUGGACGCCGUGCAUGACGUGAUGGAGCAAGCCAAAAAGGAAAAAAAAAUUGAGAACAAAAUCAGAGAAAUAAGCCAAAUCUGGAAAAAAAUGAACUUUGAAUUCCUCAACAAAAACUCAUACAUUCAAAUAACCAACAUGGACACGAUUCUCGAAAUUGUGGACGUGCAUACAUCUGAGAUUCUCUUUUUCAUAAAUCAGAAGAAAUACAUUUUGUUUAUCCAGGAGACCAUUUUAAAGACACAGGAAAAUUUGAAAAGAAUUGAUGAGGUGAUUAAUAUAUGGAGAAAAUUCCUUAACAAAUUUGAGAGGCUACAACCGAUAUAUCUGAACUCAGAAGAUAUUCAUUCGCAGCUCCCACAAGAAAGUAGGAUGUUUUUCAACAUCGAACAUGAGUACAAGGAAAUCAUCUUAAAUGCUUAUGAGCAUAAAAACGUGUUACAAAUUUGCCUGAACGAGGAUUUAUUUUAUGUGUUGAGAAAAUUUUUUAAAAACAUCGAGUUAUGUGAAAAGGCUCUUAAUGAUUACUUGGAUCAGAAGAAGAAGGCAUUUCCUCGUUUUUACUUUUUGUCCAACAUUGCUCUUUUGGAUAUUCUGAGCAAUGGAAAGAAUCCCAUGAAGAUCCUUCCCUACGUGAACGACGUGUUCAACGCGAUUAAGACGAUUGAAUUUGGGGGUGUACCGGGGGGAGUAGAAAAAAGGGAAACCAUUCCAGAGGACGUAGUAGAAGCAGUUGGGGAAGAGAUGCUCGAAGAGAAGAUCCAACAUGAUGGUGGGGAUCGCAUGCAUGGUGCCAUUCCCCCUGCUACGAUGGAGUUCACCGCGAAAGGUGUGUACAGCAUCGAAAACGAACAUUUGCAGUUCCCCACGGAGCUGGCGCUGAAGGGGAACGUGGAGAAUUACCUGAAGGACCUGGAGACGCACCUGAAGGUAACGAUCAGGAGCAUCCUGGAGAAGGCAAAGAUCUGCUCCGAAAAUUUGGACGAACAGAACAGAGACGAGACCAUGAUCACGAACUUUAUCAGCCAAGUGGUAUGCACAUGCAACCAAAUAGUUGUGACGGACGAAAUAAACAAAUGCUUCGACGAGUUGGAAAAUGGAAACGAGUCUGCCUUCGUUGAAUACAAGAAGAUACUCAUCGAGAGAAUAAACAAGUUAAUAAAGUUAGUGGAGAGGACACAGGAUUGCAACAUCAGGACAAAGCUGCUCUCCCUCAUCAUUCUGGACGUACACACGAGGGAUGUUAUUAUUUCUUUUAUAAAGAAAAAAAUUUCCGAUGGCACUUCCUUCGAUUGGCAAGCACAGUUAAAGUACUACUGGGUUUAUGAUAAGAAGGCAAACAACUACACGUGUGAAAUAAAGUUGUGUGAUUUUAAGACGAAGUAUCUGUAUGAAUACAUUGGAAAUUCAGGAAAGUUGGUUAUCACUCCGUUGACAGACAAGUGCUACAUCACCCUGACGCAGGCACUGAAUUUGAUCCUUGGAGGAGCCCCCGCAGGCCCAGCAGGAACGGGAAAAACAGAAACUACUAAGGAUCUGUCGAAAGCUAUAGGAAUAGCUAUAUUUAUUUUCAACUGUAGCAAUCAAAUGAAUUAUUUUAACAUGUCGCAGAUUUGCAUUGGACUAUCUCAGACAGGUGCAUGGGGAUGUUUCGACGAGUUCAACCGGAUUAGUAUAGAAGUCUUAUCAGUGGUUAGCACACAGAUUAAGUGUAUCUUUGAUGCAAUUAAAGAGAAAAAAACUGUGUUCCAUUUUAUCGAUGAUGAAAUUGUCUUGAAGAAGACUUGUGGUUUCUUCAUUACCAUGAAUCCAGGAUAUGCAGGGAGAACAGAGUUACCCGAAAAUUUAAAAAAUUUGUUUAGGUCUUGUUCCAUGAUUGUGCCUGACAUCAAAUUUAUAUGCGAAAAUAUGUUAAUGUCUUUUGGAUUUAUUAAGGCAAAUAAAUUGUCGUACAAAUUUGUGGAGCUGUAUCAGCUGUGCAAGGAACUACUUAGGAAGAAUAUUCACUACGAUUGGGGACUGCGUGCUGUUAAGGUGGUCCUCAUUCAGGCUGGUAAUUUAAAAAGGAACUACAGCAAUUAUGAUGAGGAAGUUAUCUUGAUGAAGGCUCUCAAGGAUUUCAACAUACCUAAAAUAACACAUGAGGACAUUCCCAUUUUUCUGGGGCUUGUCAAUGACCUCUUUCCAAAUGUGGACUGUGGGGAUAAGUUCUUCAAGGAGGAGGUUGGCGUCGAAGAGACAGAUUCUUCCCACCCUGGGGAAGCCCUACUGAUGGGUCCUUCAUCGGUGACAUCUCCACAGGAAAUGGCGUCGUCCCACCAUGUAGUGACAUCCCCUCCGGAGGGAGAGGAACAGCGCGUUGUGAGCUUUGACGAGGCCAUACGAAUGAGCCUCUUGGAAGCCAACCUCCAAAUAGAUGACAACUUCAUCCUAAAGGUAAAGCAGCUCAAGGACCUGAUGGACGUGCGUCACUGCGUUUUCAUCUUAGGAGAAGACGGAUGUGGGAAAUCCAGCGUUAUUCAAAUAUUGAUAAAUACUCUGAACAUAAUGAACGAGAAAUGUUUGCAUGAAGUUAUCAACCCCAAGUCGAUAGAGUCUUACGAAUUGUAUGGCUACUUAAACAAAAACAACGAAUGGGUAGACGGUGCUCUGUCCUCCAUAAUGAGGAAGAUGUCAAGGAACAUAUCCCCAUACAGUGAGAGCGUCAAACAUAAGGUUCUACUGUUGGACGGGAAUAUCGAUGCAGAGUGGAUAGAAAGCAUGAACACCGUGAUGGAUGACAACAAGGUACUGACUCUGGUGAGCAAUGAACGUAUACCCUUCACCAAGGAGAUGCACCUGUUCUUUGAAAUUACGAACAUGAAGUAUGCUUCUCCCGCGACCGUUAGUAGAGGGGGGGUCCUGUAUAUAAACAGAGGAGAUAUAAGUUAUAAGUUGUAUAUAAGCUCGUGGAUUAACCUCCUAAAAAAUAAUGUAGCCAAGACGGAGUUUUACUACCUCUUCAACAUAUUCUAUGCACAGAAUAUCGACAUGCUGAGGAAGCAGUGCAAGUUCGCCUUCGAGUUGUCCAACCUGGACAUUGUAAAGUCCAUUUGCAAUUACAUCGACUACUUUCUCGUUAAAUAUGACAAGUACAUUAGCGAGGUGAUACGGAGAAUUGAAAACCAUCAGGGGGAGGACGACGCGAUGGAGGAAGGGAAGGAGUCUCCCUCCAACGCAGCGGUAGGGGAAGAGGUCAGCUUGGGAAGUGCCAAGCCGGAAGAUGUCCACCCCAUGACGAAUGACACAACGAACAACGAAGACGAAAAAAAUGUGGUAAACAAAAUUAACUAUAAUUAUGAAAUUCUGAAGGAUUACUACAACAGCUUUUUCAUGAAUUCGUACAUGUGGGUUUUGAACAACUUAAUCGUGGAGGACAAACUUAUGAACGCAAGGAAUGCACUGAAUAACAAUGUCAAGUCGAAUGUGAAGGUGAAGAUGGGCAACGACUACUGUUGCAACUAUGCAUACAAUAUUUACGAGAAUGAAUGGAAGCAUCUGAGCGAGUACCUGGACAGCGACAUUUUGUUUUUGCAGAAGAUGCGCUGGAACUUUGGGCAAGAAGAGGGGGAAGGCGAAGCGGAGGAAACGGGCGAAGUGGACGAAAUAAACCAAGAGGACGGAACGGAUCAAGUGGAGGAUGCGGACCAUGUGGAGGAAGUGGAUCAUGCGGACGGAGCACAUGGCAAGCCAAAACACAAGAGAAAAAGCGAAAACAACUACAUCGAAAGCAUGUUGCCGCACAAUUAUGAUGAAUUGUAUAUCAACACAAUAGAGCUGAUCCGCACGGAGAAAAUGAUAAAGUAUUCACUAGACCGAAACCAACCAAUUCUUGUCUAUGGUAGCAACGGCACAGGAAAGACAAAGUGCAUAAGUAAUAACAUUAAUAUGAACAUUGAAAAAUUUACCCACACGACGAUAAGCAUAAACUACUACACAAACUCAUUUGUCCUUCAGAAGAUAAUUGAAAAUAAUGUGGAGAAGAGAAACACGAGAACAUAUGGGCCCCCCAAUCAGAAGAGGCACAUUUUUUUUUUGGAAGACAUGAACAUAACUGCUAAGGACAAUUGUGAUACGCAGCAGACUUUGGAAUUCCUACGGCAGUUGUUAACGUACAAGCUGAUAUAUGACAGGGAGAAUUUGGAUGAAAAGAAAUUCAUCCAUGAUGUUCUCUUCAUAGGAACAGUAAAUAAUAAUGCAAACAAACUUAUCGAUAAAAGAAUCCAAAAUAAGUUUCACAUUAUCAACAUAGAGGACAUUAGUAUGAAGACAUUCGAUAAUGUGUAUAAGGUUAUACUGAAGCAACAUUUGCUGAAGUUUGAUGAUACAGUGAAAGGUCUACUUAACAACAUCAUUUCCUUUUCUCACGAUUUGUACAGUAAGGUUACAGAGAAUAUUGCCUUCAAUUUGUCCAACUCAGCUCCACACUACAUGUUCAACUUGAAUGAUAUUCAUGGGGCAUUUCAUAACAUCAUUAAGUGUACAAACCCUGAUUUGUACAAUGGAGGGAGCUUCAAAUUUUUAAUGAUUUUUUUCCACGAGAUGCAACAUGUGUACAUGAACAAGCUGACGUCAAAUGAGCACAUUGAAAUUUUCACGCAGAUUUUUAACCGCCUCCUGCAACAGCACUUUCCUUUUUGUUUGGAGGAUUUGGGUCGCCACCGAGUCACCUUCGAUGGGGAAACCAGCGUGACUGACGGGGGGAUUAGCGUGGCAGGCGGUGCGAUUAGCGGCGACGGGGAUGUGCACGCCUCAAAGGGGUUGAGCACAUCACAGGGGGUGAACGUUACCACUGCUAACCUGCCUUACGACCCGAACAAGAACAUAUUCACCUCGUUCAUUUCCGUUCGCAACGGUCUAGACAAAAUGUAUUUGGGUGUGAAGAAAUUCCACCUUCUGAAGGAGGUGUUGGAAGAGAAGCUGACCGAAUACAACAUCUCACACGUGGAGCUUCCCCUCGUCCUCUUCGACUACGCAGUUGUACAGAUAUGCAAAAUAUGUCGCAUCCUAGACUUUGACAUUUCUCACCUCAUGCUGAUUGGCUUUGGAGGAUCUGGCAAGCAAUCCCUCGUAAAACUGAGCAUCUUUAUCAACGGUCUUAACCUGCUGCAAAUUUCGACGAACAACAAUUACGACUUGAGCAAUUUUAAAGCAGAUCUGCAGGAAUUCCAUCUGAAGUGCGCCAUCAAGCCGGGCAAUGUACACGUGCUUCUGCUGAAGGAGCAAAAUAUCCUGGACUCUUUCCUGCCGUACAUAAACGACUUGACCUCCACCGGUUUGUGUAAUGAUCUGUUCACGAAGGAUGAAUACUUGGGUAUCUUCUCCUCUAUUCGCAACCAGAUAAAGUACCUAAAUAUCGGGGAGAGUAAUGAAGACGUAUUUAAUUAUUACAUAAGUAAAAUAAAAAGGAACUUCAAAGUGGCAGUGACCCACUCUCCUAUUAGUAGCUUAUAUAGAGACCGUUUGAUCAAAUUCCCUUCAUUCCUAUCGAACUUCUCCUUCGUGUACUUUUUACCGUGGCCGUAUGAAGCACUUGUAAAUGUGUCGAACAAAUUUUUGAGUGAUUUGGAAAUUGAGGAGGAGUUGAAGAAAAGCAUCUGCGAGCACAUGGCCUACGUGCACACAAGCACAAAUGAAAUGAACAAAGUUUAUUUGGAAAAGAAGAACAGAUACAAUUAUGUCAUACCGAAGACCUUUCUAGAAUACAUAUACUUCUACAAGAACCUGCUACAUGUGAAGACCCACGAAAUUGAGAAAUCAGUGGAAAGACUAAACAAGGGAUUGCUAGCCCUGACGAGCACCAGAGAAAAUGUAGAGGUAUUGAAAAAGGAAAUCGAAGUCAAAAUAAAAAAUAUAGAGGAGAAAAAAAUUGAAGUGAAUGAAAUUAUAAAAAAAGUGAAGGAAGCCACGGAGGUGACAAAUAAAGAGCAGCAAAUUGUAAAUGAGGAGAAAAAAAAAACGGAAAUUUUUACACGAGAAGCAAUUGAAAUACAGAUGAAAGCAGAUGAAGAAUUGAGUGAAGCUUUGCCUAUAAUGAAUAAGGCAAAGGAAGCUGUAAACUGUAUUACCAAGUCAGCUAUUCAGGAGUUAAAGUCUCUACAAAACCCACCGAAGGAGUGUCUAGAUGUUACACACGCUGUGCUGAUCGCUCUGAAGGAGAUAAAAAAUUAUUCUUGGAAAUUUGCUCAAAAAAUUAUGAAUAAUCCAAGUCAGUUUUUGUCAAAGUUACAGAAGUUCGAUGCAGAAAAUAUGGAAGAAGAAACGGUCCAUUUGUUGACUCCAUUUAUUGAGAAGAAAUUCUUCAACUACGAAAUGAUGAAAACAAAAUCAUCUGCAUGUGCCUACUUGGCACUUUGGCUAGUCAACAUUGUCAAAUACAAUGAAGUGUAUAAGAAGGUGAAGCCACUGAUGGAUAAAUUGCAAGAAGCCACAAACAAUAAAAACAGCGCAGAAGAAAAACUGAACCUACUGGAGAACAAGGUGAAGGAACUAACCGAGAGUGUGGAGAAAUUGAGGACGAAAAUGAAUGAAGUCAAUGAAGAGAAAAAUAAAAUUAUUAAAAUAUUUAAUGAAUCUAAGGACAAAUUAAAUCGAGCGGAAAAUUUGGUGAAUAUGCUAUCGGAUGAGUAUAGUAGAUGGUCUGAUGAAAUUGGCAUUAUUAUUUCUAAUAAAAAAUACAUUUAUGGAGACUGUCUCCUUUUGUCUUCCUUCAUCACCUACUUGGGUGUGUUCUCAAGUUCCUUCAGAGUCAAAUUGUGGAAGAACCUAUGGCUUGAACAAAUCAAGAAGAGCAACAUCCUCAUCAGCGAAAUUACCUCCCCAAUUGACAUCAUGGUGCAGGAUAUACAAAUAGCUACCUGGAAAAAUGAAAAACUUCCUGAGGAUAGAAUAAGCAUAGAGAAUGCUCUCAUUGUAAGCACUUGCUAUCGGUGGCCUCUACUUAUCGACCCACAGUUACAAGGACUCAAGUGGCUAAAAGCCAAAGGAGGAAAUAACAUCACAUGUCUGCAAUUUAACAGUGAUCAUUUUAUUGCAAAGGUUAAAAAUGUUAUCUUAAGAGGUGGGUAUCUCAUUAUAGAAAAUGUCACUGAGGAAAUUGAUAACAUUAUUGAUGGGCUCCUCAAUAGGGAAUUCAUAAAGAGGGGAAAUGACACCUUCGUCAAAAUUGACAAUGAGGAGAUGCAGUUUAACUACCCCAAUGCGAUCAGCAGAGUUUCGAAGAUUAAGUCUUUCUAUGAGAGUGGCACCACGUCUGGGCGUGGAGAGCACAUCUCAGGUAGUAGUUUCCACGACGAUGGUGAGGUAGGGAAUGACGAUGGUAAUGAUGAGGAUGAAUCGGAUCAGGACGGUGAUGAAGAAGAGGAACACCUACCCAGUAAGUCAACCCCCAGAAGAGGGGACAGGCAAAGCAGGCAGAACGGUAGACAACUGCAUGGCGCUAGCAGCAGGCGGGGUGGAGAUAGCCCAACUGAGGAAAUGUCGAUGAUGACAACCCCAAGGGAAAAGCAGGACGAUGAAAAGAAUUACGAAAAAAUGUCCAAUUCGCAAAGUAUGAGUAAAGCUCUUUCUAAAGGAAGCUUAAGAAAGGCGGCCCCCUUUUUCAACCUCAUUCUACAAACGAAGUUAAGUAAUCCACACUUCAAGCCAGAAGUGAACAGCCAAUGUACGCUGAUAAAUUUUAGCGUAACUUGUGAAGGAUUAGAGGAGCAAAUUUUAGCCAUCAUCGUUAAUAUUGAGAAGCCAGAAUUGGAGAAGCAGAAACAGAUACUUGUGAAGAAUAGGAAUGAAUACAAGAUAGUUUUGAACAACUUGGAGGACGAAAUUCUGUACCAGUUGUCCGCCGCGGAUUCUACCACGAUUAUAGACAACAUUUCUCUGAUUAACAGUUUGAAGACAACUAAGGAUACAUCCAUCAGCAUACAGAAGCAAGUGGCCGAUUCUAUCACGACGGAGAAUGAGAUUAAUAAAACAAGAGAGCUGUACAGGACCCUUGCGAACGAAGCUUCUAUCGUCUAUUUUAUCCUCAUCCUGAUGCACAACAUUAACUACAUGUAUCAGUACUCACUGGACUCUUUUAUCAGUUUGUUGCUCAAGUCGAUUGAGGCUGUCCACGCGGGGGUGGGAGUGGGAAGAAGAAUAGGUAGUGGCAUGGGAAGUGCAGUAGGAAGUGGAAUAGGCAGUGGUUUAGGCAGCGCGGGGGAGGAUGAGCUGGGCCAGGUGGGCGAAAGGGCUAGCACUCUGGGCGACUCUAGGGGGUAUUUCCGCGAAAGCGCCGAACGGGAAGGGGGAGCGGAGGAAGACGAGGCGGAAGAAGCAAUCCGAAAAGGAGAAGAACAGAAUGACCUGUGUGAUGAGCACAUGAACGAGCUAAUCAUUUCAUUCAGGAAAACGAUAUACUCAUGGAUAACCCGAGGGUUGCUGGAAGAGGACAAGCUGUUAUUCAAUUGUAUAUUUGUCUUCAAAUUAUUGGAAAAGAAAAAAAUUCAUGACAAAGAUUUCAACAUGGAUUAUUUGAACUUUUUUUUGAAGCCGCCCCGAAUGAAAGAAACGAUUCAGAACCCGUUAAAAGAAUGGCUAGCUGAUGACUGCUGGAAGAAUGUAUGCAUGCUAUCAAAAUUCAAGGAGUUUGAAAGCUUAACCAAUAAUAUACACAUAGAUGCUCAGCACAAGUUCAAGCAGUGGUGUUCGGAAAUACAGCCAGAGAUAUGUGCCCUCCCCCUGGAAUGGAAAAAACUAAGUAAUAACUCUUUUAAAAAAUUGCUUAUUAUAAGAUCGUUGAGACCGGACAGGGUGACAGUAACGUUGGAGAAGUACAUUCGAAAUGUGUUGCCGAACAGUGAAGAGAUCAUGGAGAGGAAGAACUCGUUUGUGGACACACUAGAAUCAUCCUACAAUUUUAUGAUAAACUCCACGCCUAUUCUAUUUAUUCUAACCCCUGGGUCAGACUUUAUCAAAUAUGUGGAACAGCUAGGGAAGAGAAAUAAGUUUUUUCUCAACAGUAAUUUGCACAUAGUAUCUUUGGGACAAGGGCAGGAGACGAUUGCAUUGUUCAAACUGGAGCUAGCUCAUAAGGAAGGUCACUGGAUAGUUCUGGAGAACAUCCAUCUAAUGGCAAAGUUCAAUUUAGUUUUGGAAAAUGUGAUUGAUAAAUACGCUGCGGAGGGUUCGCACCCAAAUUUUCGCCUGUUCCUGACAGCCGAGGUUACAAAAAAUAUCCCCAUAAGUAUCUUAGAGAGGUCGAUAAAAUUAACAAACGAAGCUCCAACAGGUUUUAAAGAAAAUCUGAAGAGAGCCUUCACCUUCUUCUCCUUAGAUGACUACGAAGAGAAGGACCUGCGGACAAAAAAUAUUUUAUUUUCCCUCUGUUAUUUCCAUUCAAUAAUUGUAGAGAGAUCCAAAUUUGGUGCUCAAGGGUUUAACAUAAAAUACCCAUUCAGCUUAAGUGAUCUUCGAGAUAGUGCCAAGGUUCUUUUCAAUUACUUAGACAACCAGAAUUCUAUAAAGGUGCCUUGGAAUGACUUAAAGUAUAUUUUUGGAGAAAUAAUGUACGGUGGGCAUAUCGUUAAUGAUAAGGACAUGUUGGUGUGCAAAACUUAUCUGAAUUAUUAUAUGAAGGAACAGUCCCUAGAGGGGAUGCAACUGAUCCCUUUUUCUAAAAAUGUACAAUUGUUUAGUCCUAGUAAUUAUGCAUACGAUAAAAUUUUAAAAUACAUCGACACGCAGAUUGUCGCGGAGUCUUCCAUUCUGUAUGGCCUGAACCAACAUGCAGAAAUGAACUUUAGGACAAAUGAAAGUAUCAAACUCUUGACAAAUAUUUUUAAGUUAAAGUUGCAGGAGAGUUCUACCUUCGUGGAGGAACUGACCACUGGAGAAACUUUGGAGGUGCGCACUGCCAACAUCCUAUCAGACAUAUUAAAUGAAAUAGAAAACGUCCAUUUUAAUGUGGAUGAAUUGGUCAAGUCCAUUCCAGAUGACCAGAUCACUCCUCUGCAGUACUUCCUCUUCCAAGAAUGUACGUUAAUGAAUUCACUUACGAGUAUAAUGAGAGACUCCUUAAAGGAGCUACAUUUAGCCAUUAAAGGGGAAAUUAAUAUGAACACAAAAAUGGAAUCAUUGAUGGGUUCUUUGUACAAAGACCAGCUACCAGACUUAUGGAAGAAUAACUCCUACUCCAGUAACAGGAAUUUGUGUUCGUGGAUUGUCAACCUAAAGGAACGGAUCAGUUUCCUCUCCGAUUGGUUCAACGACCCCUUGGUGACUCCCAAAGUUUUUAACGUCUCACUUUUGUUCAACCCCAAUAGCUUCUUCAGUGCAAUUAAGCAAAUCCUCUCUAGAAAUGAGAAAUGCGAAUUGGAUAAAAUUAUUAUGCAAAUUGAGGUUACCAAUAAGUCUUUGAAUAAUAUCCACUCCUAUCCUAAGGAGGGCGCUUACAUCUAUGGACUCUACCUCGAUGGCGCCAACUACGACAUUGAGAAGAACACCCUGUGUGAUUCCAGCUCCAAACAGAAGUAUUUCCUCAUGCCUGUCAUUCACUGCAAGCCGGUCGUCAGCAUGGGUAAAGUGGAAACGGAUGUAUACGAGUGCCCCGUUUAUAAAACCGUCUCGAGGGGGCCCACCUAUGUUACCAACAUUAAGCUCAAGACGAAGGAGAAUCAAGAGAAGUGGGUGCUCGCGGGCGUUGCGCUCAUACUGGAUAUCGCUGAUGAUUGA